UCUUUAUCGGAAGUGUGACAUUUUGACCUUAGAAUGCUGGAAUUUUGAUCGAAUUCAAGAUCAUAAUGCCACCGAAGAAGCAACAAGGUUCUAGUAAGAAAAAUGAACAGAAGAAGAAAGAGAAAGUUAUCGAGGAUAAAACAUUUGGAUUGAAAAAUAAAAAAGGAGCCAAACAACAAGCUUUCAUCAAAAAUGUGACUCAUCAGGUGAAGUUUGGAGGUCAGAAGAGUGCUCGGCAGCUUGCACAACUGGAAGAAGAGAAGUUUGGUAAGAAGGAUCAGAAGAAAAAAGAGCAGGAUGAAUUAAAUGCAUUAUUUAAACCAGUUGAACAGAAAGUAUCUAAAGGAGUUGAUCCCAAGUCAGUCGUAUGUGCUUUUUUCAAACAAGGGCAAUGUAAAAAAGGUGAAAAAUGUAAAUUUUCUCAUGAUCUUACCAUCGAGAGAAAAUCUGAAAAAAGGAGUCUUUAUGUGGAUGCCAGGGAUGAUGACAAAGCGAAAGACACUAUGGACAGCUGGGACCAGGAAAAACUACAGCAGGUUAUCGACAAAAAACAUGCUGAACAGGAGUCGAAGAAACCGAAAACUGAAAUAGUGUGCAAGUUUUUCCUGCAAGCAAUCGAAGACUGUAAAUACGGUUGGUUUUGGUCGUGUCCAAAUGGUACUAAGUGUAUGUAUAGACAUGCUCUUCCUCCGGGAUUUGUACUAAAGAGUUCUAAAAAGAAAGAAGAAGAUGAUAAUCAAGAUCAAAUUACCCUGGAGGAACUGAUAGAAGAAGAGCGUGCCAAGAUUGGAGCCAACCAUGCAAAAAUUACUUUAGAAUCAUUCUUAGAAUGGAAGCGUUCAAAACUAGAACAGAAGAAAGAAAAAUUCAAUACACAGAUGAAGAAAAAGAAGGAAGAUUUUAAACAAGGCAAAAGUUUAGGCAUAAGUGGAAGAGAGGUUUUUGAAUUUAAACCAGAAUUAGUUGAUGCUGAUGAUGAGGGUGCUGAUGAUAUCAGGUACAUUAGAGAAGAAGAUGAUGAAGAAGAAAAAGAUGAUGUCGAAGCUGUAGAGUUAACUUUAGAAGCCCUUGCUGCCUCGGCCACACAAGCUGAUAGUAGCGGCAUCACAUCCAGAAAAUCUCAACAAUUAACGAAUAAUAUAGAUAAAAAUAUUAAUACAUCACAACCAUCGAAUCAAGAAGAGGAAAAUAAUAAAUUAGAUGAAGCUGCUGCCUUACCUCCGUCAUCAUCGACGCCAGUUGAAGAUCCGUCGUUGGACGGUGUGCAAAUCGAUGAACAAUUAUUUACAGAUGAUGUAGCGGUUGACGAACAAUUAUUUGACGCAGAAUUAGACGAAGAACUAGAUGAUCUAGACCUAGAAGACUAGUCUGCCGUUUAUUCCAUGAUUGUUUUUGUUUUUUUUGUUCUGCCAAGUCAUUCACAAACUAUUAGGUUCUGAGAACCCACAAGAAUAUUAUACCACAACAAUAAAAGGGGGCGUGAACUGCGUACAUUGUCAAUUAUUUCAUACUUUUUAAUUUGUUUAAUAUUGACCCAAAUUAAUUUCAUGGUGCCAAAUUUGAAUACACAAGUGAAAUGGUAGAAUGUUUAUUCUCAGCAUGUGCAAGCAGCUACUAGAAUAGAAAAUUAUAUUUUAAUUAAUUAAAAAAAUCGAGCUAUCUUUGAUUGCUAUUAAUGUGAAACCUGUGUAUAGCAACCACCCAAAGGACUUCAUUAAAAUGUUUUUUUUUUUUAUAAACAGGUGGACUUUAUAUGAAGGUUUUUUCAUGGAUUGCCAAAACAUACUUUUGUUCAGAAAAUAAGAUGGUACUGUUGCAACAAAACCAGAUUUGACCUAAGUUUGACCUAAGGAAAUUAAAAAUUGUUUUUGGAACAGAAUGUUAAUUAUUAUUUUGGUAUCUAAAUGAAGGCGAAGCGAAAGUAUUGCCGACAGGGUUGUCACAUAACACAGGUGGUCUUUAAACACAAGUUUGUUUAUAUGUUAUGCCUUGUGGUCUGCCUAAUAAUGGUCACUAUAAGCAGGUGCUGUUAUAUAGAGGUGUCACUAACACAAAUUUGACUCAUAAACGUACGUAAUUUGACAUAUCGCUAUGCAUUUACAUUUAUGUUUGGUACCACAAAAGUUGAAGGGAGGUGGUCGUCACGCAGUGCAUGUUUGAAUUUCAUGUAGACUAACCAUGCAUUUUACAUGCAUUGUGUACAACUGUGAUGCGACCAUCGCCUUUAAAAUUCUCUCAAUAUUACAUGAAUUGAAAAAUAUAAACAGAUUGGUAAUAAAUGCAGCAUACAAUGUAUGCCCCUUUAACCAGUUGAUUCGAAAAUAAUCUUUACUUCUCGAGUCGAGUCUUGCCGCUUCUACAACAAUGAUACACCCUUUAUUCACAAAUUUUGAUUAAAACUUGCCAUUCUGAAAUUACAUCAAUAUAGUUCAAAAUUAACAAAAUAAUUUACUAAUUACUAAACUUCAAUAACAAAACAGAGAAUGACAAAAGUAGUCGGCAUCAGCGAAAGCUACUAAAAAAAGCACAUUGCAAUUAUGCAAAUGCUAUUAUCUUGUAAAAUUUAUCAGUUUUCAAAACCCCAGAAAAUCUAUUUUUAGGAAGCGCUUGGUCUUGAUGUUUUGUUUUAUGUACUUGACUUAACAGUUGUUCCAGCUUUCCCACUGCUAGACGUCACUUGAAGACUCCUUUCUUAGAUAUCAACUUUCAAUACAAAUCUGAAUUUGGUGACUCCACAUCGCAAUAAAUCAUUACACCUUAUUCAUAAACGAAUGUUGAGAUCUUGUUUAGAGGGAGAGAGCGAUAUGAUUUUUAUCCGCUGUUGCGAUCACGUCCUCUUGACCAUAUAUCUUGGUUUCCAUGGUUAACGGAUAGUGACAGUAAAGAAUGGAACAUUAUUUAGCGGAGGAAAAAAAAGUCCUGUGGCUUUCUUACUCUAAAUAAGAUCUAGACGACCAUUUGCAAAUUGGAUCUUUUUAAAAAUUAUAUUUCACGAAACCGAACCAUAUUCAGGAAACUUAGUACAAAUCAUUCAAUUUAUAAUAUCAGGCUUCCUCUCACUCAGGUCUGGUAUAUGAAUACUCAGUAUUUAAACUGGUGUGUCUUUUUAGGAAGAAUCGUGAUUUCAAAAAUUCACUGGAAAUAAAUGACUGAAAAAAUAAAUGAAAUGACGCUGACUUU